UCCAAGGAUCCUAAAAGAUGAUUAUCUGUUUAUGUCAAUCGUAUGUGCACAAGUUGAUAUCUUGUGAAGACAAGUUAGCAUCUUGUAAGAUGGGACUUCAAGGGCUGUCCUGUUAGUUUUGUUGUCACUCUCAUGCAUCAUAUUUUAGAAGUGGAUUUUGUAGGCCAUGCAAAACGAAAAAGAAAUGUGUGGUAAAAAGUAGGCUACUAUUGGCUAUUUCACUCUGUAGUGGAGUAGAAAUAAAGCAUAAUAUGGAAAUGCUGGUGUAAAAUACGCAACCAGUGCCUCAAAUUUUACUUCAGACGGAACUUGAUUAAUUGUGGCUAUUUAGUUAUUUUCCACCACUGCAAUUUUGUGGCCUUGGACGUCUGAGACAUUGGGAUGGCUGAUGUUGAACAUUUAUAAAUGAGAACACUAGCAAAAGACAACUUCUCUAAAAUGCUUUGUAACGCUGGAAACAGUGAAUGAAAUUCCUCGUCGUCACAUUGCUCACCGAGUAUGAGCGAAUUACUCUAAUAUUAAUUCAGGUCCCAUCCCCUUCCCGUCUCCUCCGUUCACCCCACCGCGAGCCCCCUCCCUCACACUGCCUGCCUGCUACUCAUCAACCGUGACGUCAGGGCGGCGCGGCACGGGGGAGCUGUCCUCGCGCGGAGGGUGCUGCCGCUGAAACAAGAUGGCUGUGCGCGCAGGAGGAGCAGCGGAGGAGAGCUGAGGCAAUGCAGAGGAGGAGAGAAGAGGGGGGCGAGGAAUUCACUCCUGUGUGUCUUGUCCUGCAGAAAGAGCAACAGCUCAGCAGAGAAACAGACAAGAGAAGCCGCUGACACGAUGCUGGUUUGUUUUCGUUACCAGUUAGGGUAACGGUUUGGCGGUUUGAGUUGUGUGUGUGUGUGUGUGUGUGUGUUUUCUCAGUAACCAGGAGACAAACGGACUGACCAAACAAAUCACGGAGCACUCAGCAGAGGACAGCCGGGGACGCUCACGCCGCUAUCAGAGAUGUCCCUGCUGUGUGUGGGAGUGAAGAAAGCCAAGCUGGAUGGACCCCAAGAGAAAUUCAACACUUAUGUGACUCUAAAGGUACAAAAUGUGAAGAGCACAACCAUCGCUGUCAGGGGCAACCUGCCCAGCUGGGAGCAAGACUUCAUGUUUGAAAUUAAUCGUCUGGAUCUGGGUCUGACAGUAGAGGUGUGGAACAAAGGGUUAAUCUGGGACACCAUGGUUGGCACUGUGUGGAUUCCCCUCCACAGCAUCCGACAGUCAAAUGAGGAAGGUCCAGGGGAGUGGCUCACGCUGGACUCUCAGGUCAUCAUGUCCGAUAAUGAGAUCUGUGGCACCAAAGAUCCCACUCUCCACCUGGUGCUGCUUGACACACGCUUCGAACUGCCUCUUGAUAUCCCAGAGGAUGAGGCACGGUACUGGGCCAAAAAACUGGAGCAGCUCAAUGCCAUGAGGGACCAAGAUUAUUCAUACCAGGAGGAACAAGAACGCCCACUCCGUGUACCAGGCACCCAGUGCUGUAACUGGAGCCUAUGGGGGGACCAACAAAAUGAGGAUCCAGACAGUGCUGUGGAUGACAGGGACAGCGACUACCGCAGUGAAACCAGUAACAGCAUCCCCCCUCCCUACUACAGCACAUCACAGCCCAAUGCCUCUGUCCACCAGUAUCCCAUCAGCCACCAGCACCGCAACAUCAGAAGCUACUCUUACCCACGGUCGGGCAACGGCCACGACCUUGACUACCACCAUCAGAGGACCGUCAGUCCCACAGGGAGCUAUGCAUCGUCCGCAGAGCUGAGUCGGUGCAGCAGUCAGCUGAGUGAGGAGGACUACGGCGGCGAGUACGGAGAGAGGGACCCCUACGACGAGAACGAUUCGUACCACUCCUGCCACUCCUCUGUUAGCUACAGCAAAGGUUCCCCAGAUUGGGACCCUGACGAGACCCAGGGGGCGUACAGCGAUGAGGGUGGCUACAGCAAAGAUGGAGGAGAGGAGGUGGCUCUGUACGAGGAGGAUGACGGGGGACUGUAUGAGGGAGAAGAGGAUGGCCUCUAUGAGGAUGAGGAGAUGAUGUAUGAUGAUGAGGAUUUAUAUAAUUUGGAUGGGACCCUCAGUGAGGACAUGGAGCCUCCAUUCACUCCCACGCCAACGUCGACUGCCCCUCCAACUCUCGAUGUACCCAGCUCCAGACCUCCUCUAGAGAAACAGCCUUCCUUACACCAACAACAACAACAGCCCUCUACUCAACCCUCCAACCAAACAUCCAACCAGGCUCACCCUCCUGGCAUGGCCCCAGCAGCACAGCCCCCCUCUGGUCAACCAACAGCCCAACCACCCAAACAGCCCCAGCCCCAAACACAGCCUCAGCCGCAGCCAGCCCCGUCUGCCACUUCCUUCUUCUCAAUGGCCAAACCCUUAACAGCUGCAGUCACAGGCUUGGCCUCUACUUUCCUGUCUUCGGUUCCCACCGCCCAGCCUGCCCAGUCUCACCCUCCAGCCUCAGCCGUAUCUCAACAGCACCAGUCCACUGCAGCUAACUCAGUCCCUCCAUCUCACCCAGCCACCAUGGCUAACUCAGCCUCUCAGCCCCCCUCCAGUGCCAUGGGCCCAUCCUCCCAACAGAUCCCCUCCUCUGCACAGCCCCAAUCCCAAGUCAGUGAUCCUGCCACCACACAGUCAGCUGCCCCUGAGGACCAGGCUCCUCAGCUGGAAGAGGAACCAUGGCUAGAAGAGGACAUGAUGUUGGAGAAGGAAGCCAGGACACCCCCGGCCCAGGCAGAGGAGAAGCUCUCCGUGGAGGAGAAGGAGGAGAAAUUUGAAGAGAGCAGACCGCCAACGCCAGUAGAGUUAGAAGAGAUGCCGCCUGAGAGUCCUCCAGUUAUAGAGGAGCCCAAAGAGCCGGUCGACCCAGCAGUCAGAGCCAAAGAGAACUGGCUGAGGCUUUACAACAAGGUCCUAGAGCAGCUUCGGGAGGCUCGGGGAGAGACGUCCAGCUCACUGUGGUUUGGUAAAGGAGGAAUGGGAGGUGCACUUUACAGUAUUGACAGCAUGCCUGACCUUCGCAAGAGGAAGGCCAUUCCUCUGGUCAGAGAUCUGGCUAUGUCUCUAGUCCAGAACUCUCGUAAAGCUGGAAUCACUUCAGCCAUGGCUUCCACCACUCUUGGCAAUGAAGAGCUGAAGAGCCAUGUUUAUAAAAAGACUCUGCAGGCUCUGAUCUACCCCAUCUCCUCCACCACUCCACACAACUUUGAGGUGUGGACGGCCACCACUCCCACCUACUGCUACGAAUGUGAGGGGCUGCUGUGGGGUAUCGCCCGCCAAGGCAUGCGCUGCUCUGAGUGCGGCGUCAAAUGCCACGAAAAGUGCCAGGACCUGCUCAAUGCCGACUGUCUGCAGAGAGCUGCAGAGAAGAGCUCCAAGCACGGGGCGGAGGAUCGAACCCAGAACAUCAUCAUGGUCCUGAAGGACCGCAUGAAGAUCAGAGAGCGGAACAAACCGGAGAUCUUUGAGCUGAUACAGGAGGUCUUUGCCCUCGACAAGUCGACACACGCCACGCACAUGAAACAGAUCAAGCAGAGCGUGCUUGACGGGACCUCAAAAUGGUCAGCAAAGAUCAGCAUCACUGUGGUGUGUGCUCAGGGCCUGCAAGCUAAAGACAAAACAGGCUCCAGUGACCCAUAUGUCACUGUUCAAGUUGGGAAGACCAAGAAGAGGACCAAGACCAUCUACGGCAACCUCAACCCUGUCUGGGAGGAAAACUUCCACUUUGAAUGCCACAACUCGUCCGACCGCAUCAAGGUCCGCGUGUGGGACGAGGACGAUGACAUCAAGUCUCGUGUGAAGCAGAGGUUCAAACGCGAGAGCGACGACUUCCUGGGUCAAACAAUCAUCGAAGUCCGCACUCUGAGCGGGGAGAUGGACGUUUGGUACAACCUGGACAAGAGAACAGAUAAGUCUGCUGUGUCAGGAGCCAUCCGGAUGCACAUAAGUGUGGAGAUCAAAGGAGAGGAGACGGUAGCUCCUUACCAUGUCCAGUACACCUGUCUACACGAGCAUCUGUUCCAGUACACCACCGAGGAGCAGAAUGGUGGUGUAGUAAAGAUCCCAGAUGCCAAAGGGGAUGACGCUUGGAAGGUGUAUUUUGAGGAGACGGCUCAGGAGAUAGUGGAUGAGUUCGCCAUGAGAUAUGGAGUCGAGUCCAUCUACCAGGCCAUGACCCACUUUGCCUGCUUGUCAUCUAAGUACAUGUGCCCAGGAGUGCCAGCCGUGAUGAGCACCCUGCUGGCCAACAUCAAUGCUUACUACGCCCACACCACCCAGUCCUCCAACAAUGUCUCUGCCUCAGACAGAUUUGCUGCAUCAAACUUUGGCAAGGAGAGGUUUGUCAAACUGCUGGAUCAGCUGCACAACUCCCUGAGGAUUGACCUGUCCAUGUACCGGAAUAACUUCCCUGCCAGCAGUCCUGAAAGACUACAAGAUCUCAAGUCUACUGUCGAUCUCUUGACAAGCAUCACAUUCUUCAGGAUGAAGGUCCAGGAGCUGCAGAGUCCCCCCAGGGCAAGCCAGGUGGUGAAGGACUGUGUGAAAGCCUGUCUCAACUCCACCUACGAGUAUAUUUUCAACAACUGCCACGACCUCUACAACAGGGAAUAUCAGACAGACCCCUCAAAGGCAGUCCCUCCAGAUGAGCAGGGUCCCAGCAUCAAGAACCUGGACUUCUGGUCCAAACUCAUCACCCUCAUCGUCUCCAUCAUAGAGGAGGACAAAAACUCCUACACUCCCUGCCUUAAUCAGUUUCCCCAGGAACUGAACGUGGGCAAGAUCAGCGCUGAGGUCAUGUGGAAUAUGUUUGCACAAGAUAUGAAAUAUGCCAUGGAGGAGCAUGAGAAGCACCGUCUGUGUAAAAGCGCAGAUUAUAUGAACUUGCACUUCAAGGUGAAGUGGCUCUAUAAUGAAUACUGCAAGGAGCUGCCCACUUUCCAGAAGCACGUACCUGAAUAUCCAGCCUGGUUUGAGCCAUUUGUCAUCAUGUGGUUGGAUGAAAAUGAGGAAGUGUCCAGAGAUUUUCUCCAUGGAGCCCUGGAGAGGGACAAAAAAGACGGGUUCCAGGUCACAUCAGAGCACGCUUUGUUCUCCUGCUCAGUGGUGGACGUGUUCUCUCAGCUCAAUCAGAGCUUUGAAAUCAUCCGCAAGCUGGAGUGUCCAGACCCUCAGAUCGUCGGCAACUACAUGAAGAGAUUUGCCAAGACCAUCGGCAAUGUCCUGUUGUCUUAUGCUGACAUCAUAGCAAAAGACUUUCCAAAUCAUGUCAAGAAGGAGAAAGUGCCAUGUAUCAUCAUCAAUAACAUCCAGCAGCUCAGAGUUCAGUUGGAGAAGAUGUUUGAGGCCAUGGGAGGCAAAGACCUCAACGUGGAGGCUAGUGACUUCCUGAAGGAGCUGCAGAACAAACUCAACAACGUGAUGGACGACCUCAGCCGCAUCUUUGCAGUCAGUUUCCAGCCCCAGAUCGAGGACAACGUGAGGCAGAUGGGGGACAUCCUAGCUCAAGUCAAAGGUCAGACCGUGCCAGCCAAUGGCAGCGUGGUUCAGGAGGCGGACAAUGUCCUGCAACCCAUCAUGGACUUCUUGGACAGCAACCUGUCACUGUUUGCUAAGAUCUGUGAGAAGACCGUCCUGAAGCGAGUGCUGAAGGAGCUGUGGAAACUGGUUAUGAACACAAUGGAAAAGACAAUUGUUCUUCCAACACUUACAGACCAGACGGGCACCCAGAUGAUCUUCAAUGCUGCUAAGGAGUUGGGCCAGCUUUCCAAGCUAAAGGAGCACAUGGGGAGAGAGGAGGCCAAAGCUCUGACUCCUAAACAGUGUGCAGUGAUAGAGCUGGCACUGGACACUAUUAAGCAAUACUUCCAUGCUGGCGGCGUGGGCCUGAAGAAAACAUUCUUGGAAAAGAGUCCGGACCUGCAGUCUCUGCGCUACGCCCUGUCUCUGUACACACAGGCCACAGACAAACUCAUCAGGAAGUUUGUCCUCUCACAGAAUGCUCAGGUCCAUGGGGGGAAAGGGAUCAGGUACACAGCGAACGAAGACACACCGCCGGAGAAACCAUCUGGAGUGGAUGCAGUUGGUGAGGUCGUCAUGGGCGUGGAUAUCUUACCCCAGCCUAAUGGAGAACACAAGAUCAGCGUCAAAGUGGUGGCUGCUAAUGACCUCAAGUGGAAGGCGCAGGGCUUCAGGCCCUUCGUGGAGGUCUACAUCAUCGGCCCUCACCUCAGCGACAAGAAGAGGAAGUUUGCCACAAAGUCCAAGAACAACAGCUGGUCGCCCAAGUUCAACGAGAGCUUCCAGUACUCCCUGGGCACCGAGGUGGGUCCGGAGAGCUACGAGCUGCAGGUGUGCGUGAAGGACUACUGCUUCGCCAGGGAGGACCGCACCGUGGGCAUGGCCGUGCUGCAGGUGAAGGACAUCGCCAACAAGAACAGCGUCACCUGCUGGAUGCCGCUGGGCAGACGCGUCCACAUGGACGAGACGGGCCUGACCGUGCUGCGCAUCCUCUCCCAGCGCAACAACGACGACGUGGCCAAAGAGUUCGUGAAGCUGAAGUCAGACCAGCGCUCGGCCGAGGAGGGCCGCAGCUGAGGGGAGGGAGGGGGGGAGGGAGAGAGAGAGAGCGAGGAAACACGAGCGUGUGCACAAAAACACCGGAGACGUACCUGAUAGACAUAGUAUUAUGCACACAUAUAGUACUCACACCCCUCAUAGAUAGACAACCACGUGCAAGCACACACACACGAAAACGCUCUAUUGUACAUAUAACUGCAUACAUUAUGCAACAUUUACAUUGCAAUGGUAUCAAUGCAAACACGGAGGAAUAUGUUUAUAUAUAUAUAUAUAAAAAAAAGUCUGAUUUAAUUUUGAAUAUUUCCGCAGCUCAAAUCAAGGUCGGUCCCACGUUAGCGAGCACUUGUCGAUCCCUCACUCACUCUUUCCUAUAACACAUCACACCUUUUAUACGCUGUACAUUUAGAUGUGACUAUAACGCAACGCAGAACAACGACAUCACCGUGUGAAUACUUUGAGAACGACCACUUUGCACUUUUGCUUCUCUGUGUCUUUGGGAGAGCAGUCCUCGCCUAGCUACGCUCUGUCCGUCCUCUGUCCGUCUGCUUGGCUGCCUGAUUGUGUCACCUUCUUCCAGUCCCUCCCUCCCGUUGUUUCCUCUGCGUAGUCUCCCCGCGGUGUGAUGUGUUGUGUAAGUUGGAGUUUCGGGCACAGAUCUAAGAUCAGCUUCUUUUAUACCCCUAAAAUAAAAACAGCCAACACUGACCUUAGAUCAGUGUCCAGGGACAUCAUCUCUGCUAGUCCGUCCUGUAAAUGACUAUCGUCCUGCAUGUUGACCCCCCCGGAACACUGUGAUCACUUUGCUGUAACCAUGGCAACCACUCCCAUCCCACGUGUAAAAAAAAAAAGGGGGUGCAUAUAUAACCCUGGUAACAGUAAGGUUUUCUAAAUCAGACCUGACUAACACUUCACGGUCCGGGAGAUGAACACACCAGGAGCCUGGUGUGUGAUGAAAAAGCUGUGGCCGUAACGUGCACUUAAAACACACACACACACACACACACACACUUUCACUUGCUUCACGUGACGACAAAACGGAGCAAUACCCCCAACGUCUCUCUCACACACACACCCCUAGAGUGCACAUUAACUCCAACAAAGGGCUACAGGAUCAGCGGACUGUGACGACACACCGCAGUUUCAGAAAAGUCUGUCACGAGCGACACUGUGGAGGAACUUGAAAUAAACCCACGUGAAGCCUAAAAAAGGGACCCGUCCCCUUUCACACACACACACGCUGUUACACUUUUCCUUCCUCCUAAUCGUCGCCUGCACACGUACAUUAUCCAAACCCCAUCUCUUUAAGGCAAUAGUGGUUUGUUCGUACGUUCACUGAACCUUGUGGUUUUUAUGAUGAACAAACCCUCUGUGAACACUGCUGUGUCUUUUGUUCAUGUGUGCGUGCAUGCGUGUGCGAAGGCGCGUGAGGGUGUGAGUGUGUGUGUGUGUGUGUGAGAGAGAGAGAGAGAGAGACAGAGAGAGCGUGUGUGUGGACUGUCACACCUGCAAAAUGGGCUCUGACAUUGUGAGCAAUAUAUUGUACCUACACACUCAAAACGUAUGCGCUGUCUAAUAUAACUACAGGAGCACCAACGGCAAUAUCCAGAUCCGAGGAAUGGGAAACUUAUAGAUCUUUUUUUGUUUGUUUGCUUUUUUGUAAAAUUGUAAAUCAGAUAUUUUAUUUGUGGACUCAUAAAAUCACCAGUCCUUUUUGAGGUGUGCACGUGUUUUUCCUCACAUAUUUUGGACAAGAGAGAAGGAAAGUGUUUUAAUCUCUAUUUGCCUUCAGUUGGACCAAACCUGCACGAACCAGAGCUCAUGUUUGUUUGUUUGUUAAAAAAAAAAAAGAAGCCAUCAGAGUCACCGCCAAGCAUUUACGGUGUUCAAGUAUUAGUCCUCGUCACGUGCUUUUUGAUGACCCACCCCCUCCCCUUUUUACUUUUUCACUGCAAAAAGUAAAAAGAGGAGGGGGUGGGUCCACUCGCAGUCGAAAUCUGGCUUGUGUGUGUGUGUGUGUGUGUGUGUGUGUGUGUCUUUGUGAAACUUUUAAAUGAUGUCGACCACAAAAAGUGAGUGUAACGCCGUGUGUGCUGCAUCAGACAUCACCUGCUGGCCUGUCACACGUUGUCUUUACUGAAAACUGUUGAAUGCUACCAAAUACAAAUCCUCUGAAUGUUAUGAAUCCUCAGCAGAGCCUUGUUUCUACGAUCAAAAAGGGACGUUUGAUCCGAAAUCAUCGACUAAGCUUGGGAACACCAACUCAUGCCUUUUGAUUUAGGCCUCCAAAUUUCACUUUAAUCAAUGGAUUCAUGUGUUCAAUCACGCAUGUCUUUUUGGGUGGGGGAAGUGGUGAACUAGCCCUUUAAAAGGAGCUUCCCACCCCACCCCCUCACCGUUGUGACAUUUACCGCUCAGUGCAGUUACAUUGUUCUCAUGUGUUGUCUAAUUUAAUCCCAGGGCUCAAGACGGAACUUGACGUGUCAGGUUGUAGCUGAAAAAGCAACAAAGAAGAAAAAACAAUAACACGAGUGAUCGUCCUGUUCGGGGCUCGUCGGUUGCCUGCUUCAUGUAUCUACUCAUACACACACACACACACACACACACACACACAUCUUUGCUCAAGCACAAAAGGGCACAUGUAAGAUGACACACAUGCAUGCAUGCACGCUGACACAACUCUGUGGAGACCAAUGAUGCCCACCCUGUGAAUAGAAUCAACUUAACAAUUGCAUGAUGGGAAACUUUAUUGUGCCAGCACGUGUCUUUUUGAUGUUACCUGACACCCCCGUUUUUAAUUUACAAAGCUAUGUAAUGAGAACUCAUCAAUGUUUUUCUUUUAUGUGUGUUUUUUCAAAAAGGCUUGUGAAUACGUCUCCUGUAACCAAUAUGAAUGUAGUGUGAACACAGAACUCGCAUGAGAGAAUUAUUUUCUACUAAGGAUGUUUCUAAUUUGUUUCUUAUCAUUAUUGAUUGUUCUUUAAUGAGGAUGAAGAGGAACUGGAAUGCAGCCUGAUUGUGAUCCGCUUCCUAUUAAAAGGACAUUUGUGUCACAAUCUAA